AUGCCGCGCAUUUAUACGCUGCAGCACUUCCUGCACUAUCCCCAACUCACUUUGAAUCUAGCCUGGUCGGAUCCCUUCGCAUGGAGUGGUUCACGCAAGUACAGCUCCCAUGCCAUUUGGCUGCGGCGCGCGCUCUUCAUAUUCGGUGCACUCAACUUGGUUUAUCAAAAUUUUGGUAUGUUGAUUUAUCUUUUUAUGCCACAUGAGAUUAGCACAGAAUCUGUUAUUGGACAAAUAACUGAAACGGGUGGCAUAAUGGGCCUCACCAUGGUUGGUGCUUGCAAUAUGUUCGUCAUGUACUGGUAUGGAGGACGCAUUAGCGCGCUAUUGGAGGAGUUACAAAAUCUUUUCCCAACAGCACGCGCACAAUGGCGUGCAAAUUGUGGCAGACGCUUGAGGGGCGUACGCAUUCCGUAUCGUGUUGAAUAUUUUGCUGUAAAAUCGAAUCGGCUUAUGAAGCACACAACCACCGCUUACAUAUUUGCCUUCAGCUACUACAAUUCAUUGCCCAUUAUAGAGUACUUGUAUGAGUGGCUCAAACCCGAGGAGGAGCUGAAAUUUCGCUAUCAGUCGAAUACCUGGUACCCUUGGCAGAAUAGUCACAAUAGCCACUCGUUUAUCUCCUUUUUGGCCGCCUACAUAUGUCAGAUGCAAUCGUCACUCACCGGUGUCGCUUUCAUAUUGUCUGCUAAAUUUAUGCUCUACUUCUUCACCACACAGCUGCAAAUGCAUUUCGAUUAUUUGGCGGGCGCUUUGGAGGCUAUCGAUGCCAGUGGCGAGCUUGCCAAUGACGAGUUGAAAUUCUUGAUAAACUAUCACAGCAAGUUGUUGAGCUUUUCCAAGGAGAUCAAUGACAUCUUCAACAUCUCCUUUCUGGUUAACUUUUUCACUUCAGCGGUUGCAAUGUGCCUAAUGGGCUUUUCUAUGGUGAUGAUUAGUUUGGCUCACGCCUUCAAGUACUCGGUCGGUUUGCUCUCUUUUAUUGUAUUUACUUUGUUUAUUUGCUAUACGGGCAGCGAGCUAACCGAAUCGAGCAAUAAAGUUCCAGCCGCCGCAUUUUAUAGCAAUUGGUAUGAAGGCGACUUGGCUUAUCGGAAGAUGAUACUUUUCUUUAUUAUGCGCAGUCGCAAACCAGCUGUGCUGAGUGCUUACAAGUUUAAGACAGUUUCAAUGCCUACUUUCACCACAAUACUGCGGGCAUCAUACAGCUUGUUUACAUUUUUCCAGGCUUUGGGCAAAUGA